AUGACGAAGGGAACGCCAGCUGGUCAGCAAGCGAAGAAUGCUAAGAACAAGCCCAUCCUCCUGAACAAGAAGCUACUAAUCAUCAAGUCCAAUGAAGAUAUUAAGAAGCUGAUAAAGAAGGAGAAUCCGACGGAGGAAGAAGUGAACGAAUUGAAAGCAGUACUGGAAAGUAGCGAAAAAAAGACGGAAAAAAAAAAAAAAAAAAAUAUUGUAAUUCCAAGAUUUAAAAUAUGCGAAGAUGACGAAACGUAUACAAGUAAAUUAAAAACAUUUGAGAAGCCCGCGCAUUACAUCAGGUAUGAACUUUACAAAGACCAAGUGACAGGGAUAAAAUUAACAGACGGAUCAAUUAUCCAUUACGACUUGUUAAAAGAAGAUGAAUUGUUCCUCCAAAGUCUUAACUCGUCCAUAAAUAUCCAAUUAAAUGAUGAAGAUUUCUGUAAGCUAAUUGAUAAGUUUGAAAAAAUUACGGGCUAUUCGGAAAAUAAAGAAGAAAUAAAUUUGAAGGAUGCAAUAAAAGCUACGGCCGAUUUGAAAAUCAACCUCAAGAGUAACGUUGUAAAGGAUAUCCAUACGUACUGGAAAAGUAAAAGAAAAAAAUUGGGGAGACCACUGCUUAGAAUGUUUUGGAAUAGCUCCCAAAAUAUUUUGCCACACUAUUCAGUGUUCAGGUCGAGAGUGAAAGAAAAAAUGACACUGAGGAAACACAAGAAGAAGAACAGCGAAAUUAUUUUAAAGAUGCAGGAACUUAUAGAAGAUUUUCGACGACUGGAUAGAAUUUUACGAAAAAUGAAACAAAGGGAUGAGAAAAAAUUACUUCUACUACAGUUGAACUCCAUCCUUUUUGAUCAGAGAAAAAACGAAAUAAAAGAUAAGACCUAUGUCUGUCCCAUGUGGAAUUAUUUUAAAGAUUAUAAAAUGGAGAAAAUUUACAAAAAGUUGAAGAAGGACAAAUAUUACAAGAGCAUGUAUAGCGGCGCUAACACGACCAGCCACCAUCGGGGGAGCCGCCAUCAUGAGAGUGACCAUCACACCAAGUGUCAUCACUCGCACCGCGCACAUCGCACACACCGCUCUCAUCACUCGCAUCACCCGCAUCACUCUCACCAUGCUCACCUCCACAACGACUCCAUCGUUAGCAGAAAAAUCAACAAAAGAGCAAAGAGCCAAGGAUUAUGCGAGCAAAUGAAUGCCACGAAAAUAAAUAGAAAUGAAUACCAAAAUGUGGUCCUGGUUAAGAGGCGAGGGAGAAGCAACAGAAUAUGGGUAGACCGAAAGUUCGUAAGCGAAAUGAAUAACGAGGAUAUAAAUUGCUGCGACCUUUCGUAUACCUUUAAUGAUUUCGUGGAGGCCUCCCUAAAUUUAAAAAAAAAUUACGAAGAAGAUUUAUCCAACUACAUCUCCGGAAAGCAGAAACAUAUACCCAUCAAGUUGGGCAUUAAAAGUGGCGACAUAAAAAAUUUAGAUUCCAACUUUUUUAGCAAUCAAAAAAAUGGGGAACAGCAGCCAGGGGAUGGGGGCGCAGCGGAGAUGGACAUCGCAGGGAUUGGUACCACUGCGAUAGGAACGUCUCCAUUGGGCAACCCUGACGACGGAGGUGUCCUCUUCGAGAAGUACGAAGAAAUGAAAAAGGAAAAAAAAAGGAGGAAAAGAAAAAAAGAGUCCAAAGAUGUCGCUCCGAACACCUCGUACGACCCGAUCAAUGCUUCUCCCGCCCAACCACAACCAGUGGAAGACGAGUUAACCGCAUCGCACAGAUAUGCAAACGGUAUUACCGGCGUACCUGUGGAAGGAAAUCAUAACUAUUUUGACUACCCCUCAAACUAUAACAACCAAAAGGAAGACAAACGAUUUUUUAGUUCCAUUUGCAGCAAGGGGGAAGCAGAGUUAAUAGGGAAUAGCUCCCUAUGGGGAAAGUACAACACAAAUACGAAUGAAGCAUGGAACGGAAAAACAAAGCCCUUUGAGGAUGAAUCACCUUACCCACUGAUGAAUCUUUCUAACGAUAAGAUGGAGAAUACACUGAAUGAAUAUAAAUUUACAGCGAAUGGAGAUGCAAACAAUAAAAAUGCAAAUACCAAUUCGGUUCAUAGUAGUGAGGAGGCAAGUUAUAACAGAGCGCUUUUUCAAUUCGAGGAUUUGGUUAACCCACAGCUCAAUAGGGACAACUACAUUUUCUGUUUGAGCAAAUAUGCGUGUGUACAGAAACGCAUUUUAUUUUACCUCGAAAAUAUGCUUAAUUUUGAUAACUAUAAUUUUAAGAGCAAGAAAAGGGAAUCCAGCACAAAUGUGCCUCGGGGCGCGUCCAGUGGAGCGGCACCGGUGCAGCUUCCCCACGAAGGCCAGAACAUGGACAAAGGGGAACAGGUGCAAGAGGUAGGCAACUUGGUGGAGCCCAAUCAUAGGCCACAGGAGGGUAUUGAGACCAUCGCGCCGGACACAAGUGACCUACUGCACAUCGACACGCAUAACUAA